AGGAAGCUCCGUAUUGGCCGUCGACGGGCUUGACCUUGCGGCGACGACCUCGGCGAUCGAGAGGGCGACGGCGAGGACGGGGAGGGGCCUAGCGGCCGCCAUCGCAGCCGUUUUGUCGACCGGCGGCGGCACCGCCGAAGGCAUGGAUGUCGACGACGAAGACGACGGCAACGGCGGGAACCACCACAAGCGGGAAUCGAAAGCAUCGACUAGUAAUGUUUGCGGUGGCGCUGGCGGCGGCACCGCCUCCGGUAACAGGGGCUCGACGGCGGCGCCGGCGGCGACAAUGAGGGGCCGGGCGAUGAGCCGGCUUCCGAGGGACCAGGAGGAGAGGAGGGCGGAGACGAGCCCACGGCGCCCGCCCCCCCGGCGGAGCAGCACCGGCAGCAUGCUCCAGAAGCUCUUCAACAGCAGCAGCGGCCCGCACCAGCCGCAGAAGGGCAAGGAAGAGGCCGCCACUGCCGCCGCUGCCGCCGGCGGCGUGACGGCUUCUUUGGUCUCUGUCAGCCUGUCCAGCUCGGGAGACGCCGGUAGUACCGCCGACGGUAUCGUUUUGGCGGCAGAAAGGGCGACGCAGGCAGCGGCGGCGGCCGUGGUACCGCUCCCCCAGACGGCGGAAAUGCCGCUGCACAGGGCGCCGCGUUUCGAGCCGUCGCCGCCUCCACCGCGAGGCUUGGCGGCCGCGGGGGAAGCCAUGGCCAUGGAGACCGUGGAGACCGUGGCGUUAGAGCUGCCGCGGUUCACGGGCGCGGGCAUACCUUGCCCCACCCCGAAGGAGGAGGAGGAAGCGUCCGCACCAUCCGUGACGACAAAAACAGCGCCAGGCGGCGCGCUUUCUCUCGACAAACCCGCCGCACGCUCGGCGGCGGUGACUAGGUGCGGCUCCGAACGGGGCGGCGGUGGGACGGGCGGGAGCGGCGGUGGUUUAGCCGGAGAGGAGAAGGUGGUGGCGGCGCCUGCGGCGGCGCCGGCCACAAAGAAGCGGAGAGCCAAGUCGCUUCCCCCCGUUCCGCUGCGCAGGCCUCGCCUGGAGUCUCGCCCCUGUCUGGCGGGCCCCUCGUCCGUCAUCCAGAACCUCACGCUUUACGACGACGGCGGCAGCGGCGAGGACGACGACGCGUGGGUGUUGAGCGAAUGGCUAGCACACGGGGCCGCUUCGGCGACGGCAGCGGCGGGCGGCGGAGGGGAAGUGGGGGGCGGGGGUGACCCUCCGCCACCGGCCGCUGCUAAGCUCUUACCACAAAGGCGUGCAACUACGUUAGUGGGUUGAGGAUAUAUUUUGGGCAGAUUUUUUUGUUUUUUUGUACGAUAGUGUGAAGAAGAGCAUCGGCGUAUUUUUGUUUGAUGCAUUUUGAACAUGGAGGCUUGUACUUUGAUGGUUGUAUACUACCUCGUCCCCUUUUUGGUGGGCCGGCGGGUGUUAUUGCUUUUGUGCAUCUGAUCCACCCGUGGCGCUGAUCACACUAUUAUUAUUUUUGCCUUUGUCGUGAGCGGCGGCAAGAGCUUCGCGUCAGCAACCAGCCCGCCACCCAACACUCGUCUGUUUUUCGCUUCGUAUUUCAGGCGGCCGGUGCGUGUCAUGUUUUGGGGUGGGGUGAGUGCUGUUUUUUUCGCAAACGUUUCGCGCUGCAUCCCGCAUAUGUGCAGAUUUUCGGGCGUGUUCGUGUUAGGUGGUCCACGCGAUGAAAAUGAGAGAUGGUGCCAUGUAAACGUUUGGAUUUUCCGUUGUGCCGUAUCCAUGUAAUACACUAUGCGUUUGCAUCUCGGAGAUGUUUGUCGUAGGUCUGGACGUAUAUGUACCGUGGUUUUGCUUCCACGUGACGAGACAGUCUUGGUCGUCGGGGGCACCGUGCUGCACGGGG